AUGAUAUCUUUUUUAACGCUAACACGAAUAACAAAGUUCCUUGAUUGUCGACCGAUUACUAUGAAAAUAUCUGCUGGCGGUAAAGAUAUUCCGAAGAAAAAGGUAUUUGAGGCUAGAAUUACUCUUAUUGGAACUGAUGAUUCGGUAAGCAUAACCGACCUCAAAAGUGCUCAAAAUAUUUCCACUAGAAGAGAAUUAAAAUUAGUCAAAAUUCAGGAUGAAGAUGCUAAAACACGGAGACCUGUUUAUAAAUUGAUGACAAAUGCUGAGUAUCAUGAGGAAGAAAUAUCUAAAAGGAAACAGAAACAACAAGCCAAAGAGAAUAAUUUUAUUAAAGGAAAUAAACUUUUAACACUCUCAUCACGAAUAGCAGAACAUGACUUGAUGACUAGAAUUAAGAAAAUUGGGAAAUUGCUAGAAAAACAAUUUGAAGUAAGAGUUGUGAUAUCUGGAGAGGAAAACGAAACGAACUUAAACUAUGACAAAAUAUACUCAACAAUUGAAAAAAACCUUCAAUCAAAUGGUAAUCUAGUUCAAAAGAGACAAAAAGGCAGUUCUCUCAAGUUUCAAGUGCUACCUUUAAGAAAAUUAUCAAAUCAGAAAUCAUCAAAUAAUGACUCUAGUUCCAAUAAAAAUGACAGUGAUGGUACUGCCGCAUGA